CACCUAGGAAAUUCACAGAGCGAACUCCAUCGCAAUAGCAAAGCAUAAGCACUCUUGCAGUCCACUGAGUUCUGUUUAUUCACAGUUUCAGACGCAAGAGCAUCAUCGGCAAUGUCGCUGGUGAGGCGCAGCAACGUGUUCGACCCCUUCUCCCUCGACCUCUGGGACCCCUUCGACAACAUGUUCCGUUCCAUCGUCCCGUCGGCCUCCGGCGACUCCGAGACCGCCGCGUUCGCCAACGCCCGCAUCGACUGGAAGGAGACGCCCGAGGCGCACGUGUUCAAGGCCGACCUCCCCGGCGUCAAGAAGGAGGAGGUCAAGGUGGAGGUGGAGGACGGCAACGUGCUCGUCAUCAGCGGCCAGCGCAGCAGGGAGAAGGAGGACAAGAACGACAAGUGGCACCGCGUGGAGCGCAGCAGCGGCCAGUUCCUCAGGCGCUUCCGCCUGCCGGAGAACGCCAAGACGGAGGAGGUGAAGGCCGGGCUGGAGAACGGCGUGCUCACGGUCACCGUGCCCAAGGCGGAGGAGAAGAAGCCUGAGGUGAAGGCUAUCGAGAUCUCUGGUUAAGCAUCCAUGGACGUGGAUUGAAUUGAAGGUGUACUACUGCUGUGCUGGUCCGUGGAUCGUGGCUGUCAUGCAUGGUUUGCUGUGUCUUCUACGAUAUGUACUUCCCUUUGUUCCGUAUAUGUACAUCUUCCUCGUUUGGUUCAUGUAUUUUCCUUUGAAUAAUAAUAAAUAAAUCGGGCUUUCCAUAUCGGAUGCUUUUA